UUCCCCUCUACUUCAAUCCUUCCUUAUAAAUCUCGCCCACUCAUUUCCAUAUCAUUUUAAUUCAUAUAAUUUCCCCUUCCUUUCUUUUCAGAGCUUUAUUCACUGUGGUUUGCUUCAAUGGAGUUUCGGUUUUCACUCAUAUUUGUUUUACUUUCCCUUGCAACUGUUUUUUGUUAUGCCGAUCUCUCGCCUGAAGACUACUGGCGUUCUGUGUUGCCGAACACCCCGAUCCCGAAAGCUAUUACAGAUCUCCUUAGUUCAGACUUUCUAGAAGGAAAAAGUACUUCAGUGAAUGUUGGUAAAGGGGGUGUAAAGGUCAACACCGGAAAGGGAAAACCUACAGGCACCUCCGUUAAUGUUGGUAAAGGCGGAGUUAACGUCCACACUCCAAAACCAAAGUCUGGAGGAGGCAGUUCAGUUAACGUCGGUAAAGGAGGCGUUAACGUCCACGCCGGUCACAAAGGUAAGGCAAUUUACGUUGGAGUUAAACCAGGCUAUAGUCCCUUCAAUUACUUAUAUGCAGCCACAGAAACCCAACUUCACGAUAACCCAACUACAGCCCUUUUCUUUCUUGAAAAAAAUCUCCACCCUAAUUCCAAAUUUACCCUUCAUUUCCCUAAACAAACCACACCAUCAUCUACUCGUUUCUUGCCACGUCAUGUUGCCACAUCACUCCCUUUCUCUUCCCAAAAACUCCCCCAAAUCCUCACCCGAUUCUCCAUUCUCCCCACGAGUUUUGAGGCCGAGACGAUCCGAAACACGAUCCAAGAAUGCGAAGCCCCUGGUGUUAUCGGUGAAGAUAAGAUCUGUGCUACGUCGUUGGAGUCGAUGGUCGAUUUUAGUACUUCCAGGUUGGGGAAGGAGGUGACGUUGAUCUCGACGGAAGUUGAGAAAGAGACGGAUUUGCAGUCGUUUACGGUUGUGAAUUUGGCAAAGAAAUCACCGUCGACGGCAGACUCUGCAGUUGCGUGUCAUAAGUUGAGUUAUCCAUAUGCUGUGUUUUAUUGUCAUUUCACGCAACGUACACGUGCUUAUAAGGUUAGUUUGGUCAGCGCUGAUGGGACUAAAGCUGAUGUGGCAGCCCUGUGUCACACUGACACGUCAGCUUGGAACCCUAAACAUUUGGCUUUUCAAGUGUUGAAGGUGAAGCCCGGGACAGUUCCCAUUUGCCACUUCCUUCCACAAGACCACGUGGUAUGGGUUUCAAAAUACUAGAAGAUUGAGAAGUUAUCGUCCACGUGGCACAUGUAGGUCUAAAUAAACAUAAAAUAUAUUUCUUUUAAUAUUAUUAUUAGGUCAUGUAUUACACUUUUUUCGGGGACUUUGAUGUAAUUUUAAAUGUUAUUAGUGAUAUGGUUAAAAGAUUAGUUAUCGUGGUAAUAAGUCGUGGUACUUGUGAGUGACGUGUAUAAUAUGCAACUUUAGUUUAAUAAUAAAGUGGAUAUUCUCUUACUCUUA